GUUUACUAAAUAAACUCAUCCUGUUCAUGUCAGAUGUAAGUAAGCUAAGAACUUAUAAAUAAAGAACUUCCGUUCAAUAGAAGAGUUAAAAAUUGAAUUCUGAAAGGUUAGAAAAUUAUCAAUCAUUAAAUAUUAGACGAUCUCUGAAUACAGAUUUGAAUACUUAUUUUCCCAAACAACCUACAUGGACACAAAAGUGUAUCAAGAAUGCUAAAAGAUGUUCAUUCAAUGAUUCAAAUGAACAAGACAAGAGAGGAUCCAUGAGCACUGUAGCAACAUUAACAACUAUGAGCACUGACUUUUAAGUAUAGGAUGAUGAUCCAAUUGAAGAGAUGAGUUCAUCGAGUGACGAAUCUUAGAAGAAGAUGAAAUUCAAAACAGAAAUGUGUAAAAAUUGGAGUCUUCUUGGUAAAUGCAAUUAUAGUAAUAAAUGCUAAUUUGCUCAUGGCGAGAAUGAGAAGAUGAGUAGACAAUCUAAUACAAAAUACAAGUCUAAAUUAUGUAGAUCUUUCCAUUAAGAAUAUGUUAUAUCAAUUAGUAUCAUUAGGUAUGCUUUUAUGGAGCUCGAUGUUAAUUUAUUCAUGAAAGCAGAAGCGUAGAACAAAUUAAGAAAGACUACAAAUCAUAAACGGUUUUCUAUUAGCCUAGUUCGUUAUAAUUCAGAUUGAAAUCUCUUCAAUCAAUUACAAGUGAUUGGAAAUAACAAAUUCCACUCCAAGAAUGCCUCAAAUUAUGGAUGACAAAAUUAUUAAUUUAAAUCAAUCUUUCUUCAAGUAGUGAAUGA